AAGCACGAUGAUGAACAACGAGUUCGAGUCAGAUUCAGAAUCAUACUGCAAACAAGUUGAUUCAGUUUCAGAGCGAGAGAGAGAUAAACAGCGAAAAUGGUUAGGGAAGUUUCAGAGAGCUGCGUCGAUAGCUUGAUGACAGAAAUGGUUGCGUGCUAUUGCAAUCGAUUCUACGCCAACAAACCUGAACUCGCUGCCCGCAGGAUCGAAGCCAUUGGUUAUCAGGUCGGUCAACAGCUCUCUGAAAGAUAUACAAUGGAGCGGCCUCGGUUUGGUGAUCAUUUGGAAGCAAUCAAGUUUAUUUGCAAGGAUUUUUGGUCUGAGGUAUUUAAGAAGCAGAUUGACAACUUGAAAACUAACCAUAGGGGUACAUUUGUGUUGCAAGAUAAUAAAUUUCCCUGGCUUGCACGGAUGUCGGUUGAUCCAUCUGCUGAUAAUGUUAGUUCAGUUGAGGAUUAUUCCGCGCCUACAGCUGAAAGUAAAGCAGCACAGGCUAUGAGCAUGCAUCUGUAUUUCCCGUGCGGGAUCAUUAGAGGAGCUCUUUCCAAUUUGGGAAUUCCCUGUGCAGUUUCUGCAGACAUAUCAAGCCUUCCAGCAUGUUCAUUUGUUGUCCGUAUAAAAGCUUGAUAAAUUUGUACUACUGCUGCGAGGGUAGCAUUAACUUUGUUCAGAACAAUUGUUUGGUGUCUGCAACUGUGCUCUUUUGCACCAAAAUCGCCGGGUGGAGGAAUGUUUCUUUAUCAUAUUUAAACUAUCAAAUACUAUUGACUUGGUUUGUAUAGAAAGAGCUCUUGAGGAAGUGUUUUGAUAAAUGAGGACUUGGUUAUUUUGGACACAGAUUCGAUGUAGAUUAGGAUAGCAUUGCUUCAUUCACAUACUAUGGUUUCUUAUAUGGAAUGAAUGCAUGGUGGAAAGAAGAUGGGGAUUUCAGUCUUUAUAAUGUUAUCCCCCUUAUAUGGAAUGAAUGCUACCAUUAUAUUUGAAAA